AAAAGCGCGCGCAGGCGCACACGCAGCCGUGCGGCCAGGCAACGCUUCCGCCCGCGCGCGAGUCCUUCCGGGGCGCGGGUCAUCAUGGCGGCGGCCUUGGCGCGACUCGGACUCCGGGCCGUCAAGGAGGUCCGGGUUCAGUUCUGCCCCUUCGAGAAGAACGUGGAGGCGACGAGGACCUUCCUCCAGGCGGUGAGCAGCGAGAAGGUGCGCGCCACCAACCUCAACUGCUCGGUCAUCGCGGACGUGCGGCACGACGGUUCGGAGCCCUGCGUGGACGUGCUGUUCGGAGACGGGCAUCGCCUGAUCCUGCGCGGCGCCCACCUCACGGCGCAGGAGAUGCUCAGCGCCUUCGCCUCGCACAUCCAGCUCAGGGGCGCCGCGGCCGGCGAGGACAAGGCGCCCGUGGGUGCGGGCCGCUGACCGGGCCGGGGAGACCGAGCCGCGGGCCCGACGCCAGGACGGCGCUCUCAGCCCCUCGCCCCUCUGCACGCUGGGCCGGGAGCAGCCGAGAUGCCCUGGGACUCCACGUCCAGCCCCCGGCGCUGGGACGCGGCCAGAUCCGGAAGGGGCAUCGACGCACUCGGCUUUCUUCGCCUUCUUACCCUAGACUCACUGCUUAACCUUUUUGCGUUGGGCCGCUUCUACCACGGUUAGUUGCCGAACCCAGUGCUGUUUGUCGCGGUCGUUUUCCGCCACUCACUCCCGGUGCAUCGCCUGUUCUUCUUUCUUCUCUUUCUUUCUUUCUUGUUCUUGGACCCUUUCGUUUCCGUUCUGGUCAAGCUCGACUUUCCUUUCCUUUUUUUCUUAGGGCUUUUCUGAAUUCUCCCUUUCGUUUGGCUGUAAUCUUGAUUUCUGUGCUGCGUAGUCAGGUUGUCCGCCUACUAUCAUCACUUUUCUUCUGAUUUGCACCAUUUCUCUGCAAGCUGGAAUUGAUAAUCUUACGAACACAUGGUUGCAUCUUUCCGAUUUGCCCUUUUAAAAACACUGCAUCUCUUCAGCCACUUGAGUUGGAAACCAGAUUGUUGUUUUUGGGUUUUUUUGUGUGUGUAUUUUAUUUUUAUUUAUUUAUUAUUUUUUUUUCUUUUUGGGUCACACCCAGUGAUGCUCAGGGGUUACUCCUAGCUCUGCACUCAGAAGUUACUCCUGGCGGUCCUUUGGGAACCAAAUGGGAUGCUGGGGAUUGAACUCGGGGUUGACUGUGUGCAAGGCAAAGGCCUUAUCUGCUGUACUAUCGCUCCAGCCCCUGCUGUUUCUGGUUUUGUCUUACUUCUUUCCCUAUAAAUCCAGUCAGUAAGUUCAGACUAUCCUGUUUUAUUUCAUUUUACUUUUCAUUAAUUACAUUUCAUUUAUUACAUUUGGUACACCCGGUGGCACACAGGGCUUACUCCUGGCUCUGUGGUCAGUGAUCACUCCUGGUGGGCUUGGGAGACAAAGUAGGUCUAACUGGAUCCGCUGCAUGCAAGCAAAGCAGUGCUUAUUAGAGACAGAACCUGCUGUAUUAUCUCUCUGGCCAAGAAUAUUCUGUUUUGUUUUUGUAUUUGUUUUCUGUUUUGGGGCCACACCUAGUUAUGCUCAGGAAUUACUCCCGGAGGGACUUGGGGGUUCAUAUGCGAUGCCAGAGAUCAAAAACAGGUCAGCCGCAUGCAAUGUAAGUGCCUUCCUUGCUAUACUAUCACUCCAGCACCUAGAGAAUAUUCUGUUUCUAAAUGUUCUGAAGUGUUUUCCUGAAACAUUUCAAAUAUCCUGAAAUGUUUUUACUCUCCUGUAUCAUUCUUGUGUUCUCUGCAUCUUAUUUUCUAAUUGUUUUUGCUGUGGCUUAAUUUCAUCUUGCUGAAAAACACAUGACUGGUUUUCUCUCUCACUGCUACUUGUUUCAGAGAACAGUGUUUAAGUAUUUUCAGACUUGAAAUGUUUUUCAAACAGAAUUACCUCCUAUUAGUGUGGUCCAUAAAACCUUUUAAAAACGAAGUAAAAGCAAAAAGGAUUAG